AUGACCAUGCAGUUCAUCAGUCACCGGUUUCCAGAGGAUCAUGAUCCCACAAUUGAGGACGCUUAUAAAAUACGAAUACGCAUUGAUGACGAACCUGCCAAUCUGGAUAUCUUGGACACAGCAGGACAGGCAGAGUUUACGGCCAUGAGAGACCAGUACAUGAGGGCUGGCGAGGGAUUUAUCAUCUGUUAUUCAAUCACAGACCGGCGCAGUUUCCAUGAAGUGCGUGAGUUCAAACAGCUGAUCUAUCGUGUUCGACGCACUGAUGACACUCCCGUGGUCCUGGUAGGAAAUAAAUCUGAUCUGACACAGCUACGGCAGGUCUCCAAAGAAGAAGGCUCUGCUUUAGCACGAGAAUUCAACUGCCCUUUUUUUGAAACAUCAGCUGCAUACCGUUAUUAUAUCGAUGAUGUAUUUCAUGCCCUUGUGCGAGAAAUCCGCAGGAAAGAAAAAGAAGCAGUAAUGGCAAUGGAAAAAAAAUCAAAACCUAAAAACAGCAUGUGGAAAAGACUGAAGUCACCGUUUAGAAGGAAGAAGGAUUCAGUCACCUGA